AUGAUUCGGUCCUCUGCUGACGAUUUCUUGCAUCAAGGGGAUCCCCAAGCAGAAGGGGAACUGAGACCCGACUCCGAGCCCGCCAUGGCCCAACGUGUGGAUCUGUCUCUGGAGGACAUCAUCAAGCUCCGCAGCCAGCGGCACCCUGGUCGCAGCAAGGAGCCAAGGGCCGCCUUCCCUGAGAAGCGAGGAGGCACAGGUCACAUGCACCCAAGGCCAGCACCUUACAGCAGGUCCAGGCGACUCCGAGACCAGCGUCAGCACCUCGUGGCAGACCGCGGCUUCGGAGACGGUGCAGGCGCCCAGUCCAGAGGGCAGCUGCUGCUGCUGUCCAACCUGCACCCCAGUGUGUCCGACAGGGAUAUCCAGAUGCUCUUUGGCGAAUUCGGAGCGCUGCAGAAGCAGGCGGCGGUGCACUACGAUGGCUCUGGCCACAGCUUGGGCACAGCCACCGUGCACUUCCAGCAGAAAGCCGACGCCCUGAAGGCACUGAGAGAGUACAACGGUGUCCCUUUGGAUGGCCGACCCUUGAUAAUCCAGCUGGUCACCUCGCCCGGGGAUACGCUGAAGAGACCCAUCUCCAGUGGGAACGGAGGCAGCCUAGACGGGAAGCACCACGCAGGAGGUUCAGCUCGUGGCUGCAGCUCCUGGCUAGGCAGCAGGAGAGGACAGCAAGUCCCAGUCCACCCUUCCAAGCAGCAGCUUUCUGCAGAGGAGCUGGACGCCCAACUCGAUGCCUACAAAGCUGCCGCUCUUGCCGAAAAUGUCCAACUUUAA